AUGGCCGAUCCUGCAAAUGAUUUUAAAUCAUUGCUUUUGAGUACUAUAGAGGCUCGUGAGAAAACAGAGCAGGAAUCAAGUCAACCAGUUCCAUUAGAGGGUUUAUUUAAUGGUAUUUUUGAUCCGCCAGUGAAAAAAUUAAAAAAAGAGAAAACAUGCAUAAACUUCGAAGGACUGGAAUUGGAACAAUCUGAUACAAUUACAAAAUUAGUUAGAGAGUUUUUUAGAGCGUCUUUGGCUAUUGGGAAUAUGGGCGAGGUUAUAAAUGAAAUUAUCGGAUUACUUAAUCAACCGUCGUGGCAACGUGUUUGCCUUAUUUUGUCAUUAUUUGGGGCUUUAAUAACAGACUCACCUACCACAUAUGGAAUGUUACUGGGUCUUGGUGGUGACAUUACCCAAUCCUCAUCACUUCUUCUACCAGCCCCUUCAAUCACCAUUCCAACAAUUUUUGAAUACCUUACAUCAAUAACUGUUAUUUCUAGUCCAGAAUUAUGGAAUGGAAUUCUGUCUUUUAUGGUUAUAAUUAUUCAACAAUAUCCGCAUGCUAUUCUUGAAAUUCCUUCUUCCUUGGCUGCAGACAUUGUAAAAAACAUUUUAAAGCAAAUUAAUUUGCUUAAUGAUAAUCUUACAAGUAUUGAACUUGAGUGUGUAGAAAAGGGAAAAGAAGUUAUAGAUACACUUUUAGUUGGAAAAGAUUGUGGGGGAGUGGGUUGUGUCUCACAUUAUCACAUUAUCGAACAGUUACAAGAAAUAUAUGGACCACCUGUGAGAGGACAAUUUAUAAAAGUUCAUUGGACAAUGGAACGGUUUAUUAACGAAUUAUCACUUCGACGAAAACGUCUUGCUUUCUUAAUGAUGCCACCUGAUGCUGCAUGGCCUUUGAUUUCACAAUAUAGUCGAUCUCAUGAAUAUAUUGAUUUGGCAAAAUUAGAUAGUUAUCGUCCAUUCCAAUGCGAUUACGAACAAUUCAUCGAAGAAGGUCAAGCCACAAGUUAUGCUUCAAGAUUCCGAGACUUGUUUUUCCAACGUGCUCCUAUCGAAGAAGUUGAGACAAUGAUUAAAUCAAUGAAAUUAACAUCUGUUGGAUUGGAACCUGUACGAGAUGCUCUUUUUACUAAAGUCCAUGAUGUUAUUAAGUUAGUUCAAAGUCAUUCAAAUUUUAACGAGUAUAUGCGAGGAACUCCAAAUGAAGAAUUGUAUAAUGAUAUAUUGAUUCCUGGAGAUUUAGAUUUUUGGGAGCUUAUUAUUGAACUCGGAGAUCAGUUGUAUGGUUUGGUUGCCUACGAGUACAUUAAAUAUGAGGAAGUUUUGUUAGAAUUUUAUCACAUGGUUUAUCCUAAAAGCGGCGAGAACGUUAUAAGUCGUCGCAACACUCUACCCAAAGAUAAUACAUUAAUUUGGUUACUGAUACAGCUUUUUCCUAUCGAAAAGGUCAAAAGUCAAAUUAUUGCCCAAGAUCUUUCUAAUGAUGAAAGUUUGUUCAGCAUGCUGAUUCAAUUAUAUAAUGACCGACAAGUUAUGUCAAAAGAUGCAUUUUAUUUAAGGGAUUUGUCUUUGCAAUGUGCAAUGCAUCAUCAACAUAAUGCACUAAAAGAAAGAAGUAACUUAAAAUACAGACAUCCUCAACUUGUUGGUGCUUUAGCUUACAGUCCAAUGAUUCGUAAUUUACAGAUGUAUUUCCUUAAAGUAUAUAAAGAGAAUGUCACAAAACAUGAUCUUUUUAAAAAUCUGCCUAUACAAGAAAUUAUAAAGAUUGCUAUUCUAAGUCAACUUAUUAUGGUUGCUGAUACUUUAUAUGUACACUUGGUUCCUGAUAAAUUAAUGAAUGUGGAUAAACUUGGAUUUCCAGAAGCAAAAUUUCUACAAGGCGGAAGUGUUAGUCACAAGUUAUUGGAUUUUAUUAAUAUUCAUAACAAGAACAGACUUGAGCAACUUAUUUAUAAAAUGAUGCUUUACGGAUCACAUGAACCGUCGUUCAAUUUUGACGCCAAGGAUCAUAAUAUAACUUGUAUAUCUCCUUAUACUUUGGAUGUAGUUUAUAAAAUUGUAUAUAGUGCUCCCUGGUCGCUUGAACAGAUGAUUAAGGAUAUUUUUGCAAAGUUUAAGAGAAUUGACAAAUCAUUAAAGACGCAUACGGAAGGAAAUGCUUCAAUGGUGUCAGAAUACUCUUACAGAUGGCAGCAUACUAUUAUGCAGUUUUUGUGUCAUCGACUACUUCGAUUCUUGAAAUAUUCUUCCAAAGCUCCUGAUCUUUUACAUCACAUCAAAUAUUCAGUAUCUUAUUUGGAUCACCGGCAAACCUAUCGUGAUGUUGAAAUGUUUGCUAUACAUGUUAUGAUGAUACAAACAGAUGUCAAGUUCAUAAGAUCUAUUGCUGAUCCAAAUCGGGAUAAACCUAUCUGGUUCCCUGAAUCUGAAUUAUUGGCGAGAUACAUGAUUUUCACUUUGGCUAGGUUAAUUAAAUUUAGAGGACUUGAUGAUAUCUCACCUGAAUUGAUUCAGGGAAUCCUUACAAGUAUUUAUCCCGAUAGUUUAGAAUGGUCUGCCACCACUUUAAGUUAUUUCCCUGAACCUUUACGAAUUUUCUUUUCACAACAACAAGAGAAGAUGAAGGGAACUUUUCCUUCUAUUUCCGAUAAAGAUAUGGAUUCUGCUUUAAAAAUAGGGAAUUUGUUUAAAUUAUUUAUGGGAGCUCUUACUUCAGAAGAUGAGACUAUGUUACAGGAACAUUAUUCGAAACUUGAAAACCAAUCAAUAUUUUUAAUGGCUACAUAUACAGUCGUAUUGGUUGAUUUUAUUAUUGAAAAGAUAGAAAAUGAUAUUAGUGGACCUCCCGUCGAAGUGUGUUAUAAAAUGCUUGAAGAAUUGAUAUGGAGAUAUCAGAUACUCGCAUUUGAGCAUGUUCUAUUUGCACUUGUAAGAGGACAGAGAGAAAAUAAUAGUGUAGUAUUGGGAAUAUUAGAUUAUCUCCUAUUCGAAUCUGAAGGAUAUUCGGAAAGAGUUCAUUAUUUCUUAUCAUUGAAAUUUAAUCAUAGAUAUUGGGUUGAAGAUGAUCAUCAUGAAAAACUUAUGGAAUAUCUUAAGAGAUAUCCUGAAUAUUUUCAAUACGAAGCAUAUGCAAUGGAUGGAAUAGGAUAUACAGACGGAUAUGAAACUGCCGCUAAGAAAUUAGACCCACCGUUGAAAGCUAUAAAUAUGCCAAUAUAUUAUACUAGUUCUAUAAGAAAAUCUUUGCCUAUAUUAGAUCUAGUUGUUGGAAGAUUUAUUGAAUUUGGUGAAACAGCCAAAUUAGUGAAAUUGUUGGAUGAGUUUGGUCAACUUUAUAGGUUUCAUCAGACACCUUUAGCUUUUGUGAGAGAUUUAUUGUGUUACUAUUAUUCUGCACCUACUAUUCGAGAUCCAAUAAUUUGCUCAAAAUUAAUCAAAUUAUUAGAUUUUGACGAGUACGAUUUUGUAGCCGAAUUAUUACAAUAUGAAGGAAAUGUCAUCUUUGAACUUUCAUACUUUGAAAAGGUUUUCCAUAAAUUAGCUGACAAUAUGGAUCCGCAAAAGUGUGCACCGAAAGCAAAUACCAAAUUUCCGGAAAGACAUUUUCAAGAAAUUCCAAACCCGGUGGUUCAAGCUUUACAUAUUGCGUGUGUUGAAAUAUUAGCAAUACCCACCAGUCCACAUGACAUCAUCAAAGCAACUUUAGAUAUUAUUUUAAUGAAUGGAAAGAACGUUGCAGUACAACCUAUGGUAUUACAUGCCAUUGGAUUAUUGUAUUCAUUCUUACCUACUGAAGAAUUUGUAUAUAAAAUGUUUGAUGAGAUGUUGAUAUUAAUUCAAGAAGAUCCCCAUCUUGGAGAAUUUUCUCAACCUUGUAAUAUGACUGGCCGUGAUACAAAAGAUCCAUCAAUAGAUCCUUUAAUACAACAAUUAUUAUCUCAUUCAACACCAUUUUCAACAAUGUUUCCAUAUAUUUUUAAUGACUACAAAUCUAAUCUGCUUAAUUUCGGAACUAAUGCAGCUAAUAGUUUUCUAACAUUCAUACACGGCCUGUUACAUUAUUCAAAUAUUGAAGUCGUUGAAAAGUUCUUCGCCAAACUCAUAUUGUUAAGAGGAUUAAUUAAAACGGAUAUUCAGUUACUUUAUUUAUGUGCAUUAGUUGGACCAUUAAUGUAUAGAUUUGAACACGACCCUUUAUUUAUUUCGUUUUUACGAAACUUUGCACAAAUGUUAAAUGAAGUAACUAUAAACAUGAAAAUAGAAGAUUAUGGAGACAGUACUUUAGCUUUGGAACAAGUUUACGACUUUUUGCACUAUGUUAAACCUAUCAUUUUAAAUUAUGCACUUAGUGAAGUAUUUAUGGCCAAAUUACAUGUACAGACUAGGUUAAUAGGAUACCGAGUAUAA